AUGCAAUUCCAGCUUACAGCACUCCUCCUUCUUCUACCGCUCUCCCUCGCUCUGCCUGAGCCGGUUGCCGAGCCGGUUGCUGUCUCUGGCUUCAAAGAAGUCGAGGCAGAAAUUACACCUCGUGAUGGGGCCGGUACUCUCGUAGCACGCGCUUGCUCUUACACUACUGGAUGCGUAUCCCAAAGUGGAGCUAGUGCUGGGAAGUAUUGUGGUUUCUGUAAGCAAGUUCGCGGAACCUAUCGUGUCGGAGAUAUCUAUCAGGUUAAUGGUGGCUCUGGGUCCUCUAGCUGCUGUAGCUAUGGAGCAAGCUCAGUCUGUGCUGCACGCUGGCCAGCUGUCAGCCCAAAGUAA